AUGAAUAACUAUAUAAUAUUUAAAUAUUUACUUCCAGUUAAUAAAUUUGUAUACAGAAUAGAUUUUUCAUUUGGACCAGGUUCACUAGUAACAGAAUACUUUAAACUUGUUUCAAUAUUUGAAACGUCAAACGGUAAAACUAGAGCAGAAGCACUAUAUUUAAAAUUAUUAUUGUCUCCUUCUACAAAACCGUAUGGAAAUAUCAUUGACUUCGGAUCAGAAUUACCAACUUUAAUAUUUAGCGAUGUUAAAUAG